AUGCAAGAUAAUACCUCAAAAACUUCUGGGCAUCAAUUCACAUUAGAGUUAUUACAAGGAACUAAUAAUCAAUGCAUUGAACUCUUACGUAUGUCACGUGAUUCUUAUGUUCGGCUUUGCACACAUUUUAGAGUAAAAAAUUGGUUAAAGGAUAGUAAACAUAUAUCGGUUGAAGAGAAGAUGGCAAUGUUCUUGAUGAUGAUUGGUCACAAUCAACGUUAUGUAAUCAUCAAACGUAGAUUUCAACACUCAAAACAAACGAUUCAUAAGUAUUUUUAUGAAGUAUUGGAUAAAAUGAUGGUGUUUGCAAAAGAUAUAAUAGUACCAACUUCCUUUACUCCAAAUCCAAACAUCCCGGGAUAUAAUAGGAGGUUACGAAGGAUUUUCAGAGGAGCGGUUGGUGCGCUUGAUGGAACUUUGGUACAUGAUAUUGUCCCUAUUAACAAACAACAUUUGUAUAGAGGAAGGGGAAAAGGCGACUACUAUCAAAAUGUAUUGGCAAUAUGCGACUCCAAUAUGAUUUUUACAUUUGUCGUGGCUGGAUGGGAAGGGAUAGCACAUGAUUCAAGAAUAUUAUCUGAAGCUUUAACAGAUCGAGAUGCACCAUUUCCAUUUCCACCACCAGAUAAGUAUUACCUUUGUGAUGCUGCGUAUACACACACCCGAGGAUUUAUGGCUCCUUAUCGUAAUGUGCGGUAUUGGCUUGGAGAUUUUCAUCGAAGACGUGCAUUAACCAACAAAGAAAAAUUUAAUCACUCACAUGCAAAACUUCGAAAUGUCGUUGAACGUGCUUUUGGUCUCUUGAAAGCACGUUUCCCUAUAUUGAAGAGAAUGGCUCCAUUUCCAUUGGGAUUAAGUGAUGAGUAUUUUUCUCAAUAUAAUCAAGUCGAUAUAUCACUUCAAAGCAACAAUGUACAAGAUGAUGAUGAUGAGGAGGAGGAUGACGUGGAUGAGGUACAACCACAUGGAAGUGUAAGAGACCGGGAAUAUAUGGUUCAUCUACGAGAUCAAAUUGCUGACCAGUUAAUGCGUGUAGAAUGA